CACUCGAGGGGCGGGGGCAGACAGACACUCCCCCACAGCCGGUCCCUCCCUGCGCCCGGCUCCCGCGCGCGUCCCGCUCCCCACCCCCGGGGAGGGGCCUGUGCAGGCCGCCGGGGCGCUGCGCACCGAGGAGGAAGGGACUGGACGAGCGGCGGGCUCGAGGGUUGCCUGGACUGCAGGGAGGGAACGAGGGUGAGGGCGUGUGUGUAUGUGUGUCUGCGCACCCCGCCCCGGCGGGCUAGCAUGAGGAGAGACCCGAGCGGGAAGGCAGCUUCUUGUCCGGCCUUCCCGGGUCUGUCACCUGGGCGGUGGCGUGGGAGCGGCAGGGCGCGCCGCCGCGUGAGACAGAGACUCAAGAGGCCAGGCGGAGGACCAGGACCAGCCCCUGGGCUCUGUGCGGGGCUGCGCCUGCCAGGAGGGAAACGACGGAGAGGGCCGGGCAUCCUCGGCCCACCGCGCAGCCCCUCCCCUCUCUGGCCCGGCUGGAAGAGCAGAGCAGCUGAACCGCCCGGGCCCCGCCAACAAACAGCCUCCGCCCUGCUCGGGAGCGGCUGCGCCUGCAAGAUGAAUGAAACAUUCGCCACUCUCAGCACAAGGGGAAAAGAGACCUUGCGCCCUGGGUCCUCAAUUCCCCUCUCUCCAGCCUCCUGGGACCAAAGGGCCGAGGCCACGCCUCUUGGGCGCAUCCUGGAUGGUUGGGGGUCCAGGAAUGUCGCCCUCCACCACUUUAUAUCUCCAGUUCUUUGUGGACUCUGAAAAGAGGUCAAGCAAUUUCCCACCCUGUAUGAGAGAUUAUUUUCCUCUUCUUCCUGGUUAUACUGGAUGUUUCAUAGACAUUCCGAACUGAUCUUUGUACACUGACAGCGUUUGGAUGGCUUUUGUGCGGCUUCCCCUCGCUUCGCUGCUCCUUCAUUGCUCAGACACGCGAGGAACGUCAGAAACCCAGACUGAGGAUACCCAAGAAAACAAUAGAGGCAAAAGUCCUUUCCCGGGCCUGGGAAUUACAGACAAACAAAAUCAUUUCCCACUUUCGUCCAAGAUGAAGCUGGAAAAUGAACACAUCAGAGCUGUGACCGUGUUGAGAUACUUCAUUGAAAAGAGGACUACUCCAUCCCUAACACAUUUCAAGAACUUUCCUCUCAUCCAAUCCUGCUCCUUUUCUGCCACUCACUAGCUCUUGCAAGCCAUCGUGACCUCUCUGAGCCUUGGCUUCUUCAACAGCAACAAGGGAUCAUAAUAUUUAGAUACUGAGAAUUAGAAAUAAAGGCAUAGAUCUUUGCACAUUUACAGAGCAGAUAAGGAUGCUUUGUCAAUGGCUAUUUGUGCUGGUUUGAAUGUAUUAUGUCCCCCAGAAAAAGCCAUAUUCUUUGAUGCAGUCUUAUGGGGCAGACAUUUUGGUGCUGAUUAGAUUUGCAUG